UGCAGUUUGCUGGUUCAUUUGUUGUGGAGUCGCUAUCUGCGAUGUCUCGGGCUCUUCGCUCAUGAUGGAGUUUAAUGAAUUUCAGGCUGAGGCUGCAGCAGAGCCUUGGUACAGUUUACAGGAGGAGGAGGAGGAGGAGGAGGAUGAAAGGGAAUGGUGUUGCACAGUUGACUGUAUUAACGGCAGCCCUCUAACUUCUGCUGCUGCAGCAAGUGGUGAAUUGGCAGGUGAUAGUCAUAAAUAUGCCAUCCAAGACAUUGAUGUCCCAGGAUUCAGGGUGAUUGUGCACAUUGAUCUUGAUUGCUUCUAUGCUCAGGUGGAAAUGAUCCGACGUCCUGAAUUUAAAGGAAUGCCUUUAGCCGUUCAUCAAAAGCAUCUGGUGGUCACUUGUAAUUAUGAAGCCAGAAAGUAUGGGGUUAGUAAGGUAAUGUCGGUCAGUGAAACCAUAGACAAGUGCCCAGAAGUGAUUCUCAUCUCUGGAGAAGAUUUGACACCUUACAGAGAAAUAUCAUACAAAAUCACAGAAUUGCUGGAGGAGUUCAGUCCGUUUGUGGAAAGACUGGGACUUGAUGAGAAUUUUGUUGAUGUAAGUAAACUGGUGGAGAAGAGACUGCAACAGAUAAGAAGUGGUGGUGCCCCGGCAAACUUAUUUGUAUCUGGACAUGUGUAUGGUAACCAAGCAUUUAACACCGCCGAUGCAAAACACAUUCGGUUGGCUCUUGGAUCCCAAAUCGCAGCAGAAAUGCGAACAGCAAUGUACAACAGGGUAGGUCUCACCGUUGGUGCAGGAAUUGCAUCCAAUAAAGUUUUGGCCAAGCUGGUGUCAGGAACAUUCAAACCCAACCAACAAACAACAUUGCUUCCAGAAAGCAUCCAAGACUGCAUGGGGAGCCUCGUGCAUCCUGUACAAGUGCCUGGGAUUGGUCCUAAAACUGCCAGACGUCUUGAGUUUCUUGGAAUUCGCACUAUUCAUGGUCUGCAGACAUUCCCUUUGGAUCUGCUGGAGAAGGUUCUGGGAGUCUGUACAGCUCAACGAAUACAUAGGCUUAGCUUUGGGGAGGACGACUCCGUCGUGAUUCCUAGAGGACCACCUCAGUCCAUCAGUGAUGAAGAUUCCUUCAGGAGGUGCUCCUCACUAGAUGAAAUUAGAAUGAAAAUUGAAGAGCUGCUGAACAAUCUUCUAACCAGGUUGCAGAAAGAUGGACGUGUACCACGGACCAUACGGCUAACAAUUAGACGAACUUCAGCUUCCAACAAAUGGUUCAAUCGGGAGAGUCGACAGUGUCCUGUUCCAAACCAACUAAUGCAGAAACUUAACACAGGUCCCUGUGACACUGUGGCUCCACUGGUCGAUAUUCUGAUUAAGCUGUUUCAAAAGAUGGUGGACACAAGAUCUCAAUUCUAUGUAAGCCUUCUGAACGUGUGCUUUGCUAAACUUGUGCAGCCCACAUUGUCUUCCCCCAUCAAGGGAUCAAUUGGAUUCUAUUUGACCCAGAAGUCCCCAGGAAAAUUGGAUGUGAGCCCCAAUGGGAAAGUGCGCAGACAACUUCUCCGGGAACAGAGAGGGUCUGAUGAUGCUGAUUUAGAAGGAGAUACUGCAGGCUCCUUGCAAGGCAGGAGAAAUGACCGAGAAUCUGUAUCAGGAAUGUCCGACCAACUUGCUCAUGUUAAUUUAAACUCUAACCUACCACCUGGGAUUGACCUUGAUGUAUUUAAAGAGCUCCCAGCUAACAUCCAGAAGGAAAUCAUUGAGAGUGCUGGCACUUCACAAGAUCAGAUGAAAUGCAACAUUAACAAAGCAGAGUGUGUUAAGAAAGCACUCUGCAAAGGUACCUUUAUGUUCAGGUCACUAACAGAGGAUCAGAGGAAACUUCUGGUACCACCUGACGCUGAUAGUAAUCCUACCAUUUCCAGUUCAGAUACCCAUCAUGUAGACGUUCACAGCAGUACACCGGAUAAUCCUGAGGCCCAGCCAGAGAGGCCUGCUCUUAACGAUAAAGCAGCCUCCUUGCAAGACCACCAACCUCCAUGUGAAACUUCGCAAUCCUGUAAUGCGGAUCCUGAGAGGCCCACCGUUCAGAACUUGGCACCCAUCCCACCCAACGUGGAUCCAAAGAUCUUCUCAGAAUUGCCUGCUGAGCUUCAGAAAGAACUGCUGAUGGACUGGAAGCAGCGGAGGACAGUGCCCAAGAUAAAUGUGGCUAAACAGGCCAGCAAGGUAAGAUCCAACACAGGAGCAAGGCACCCAAAAAGGUCUACCAAGUCCAACAGUAUUCUGAAGUAUUUUGGCAAGAGUUAAAACUCCAGUGUUAUUGAAAGUUGAUGUGCGACACCACAAACAGGAUUGACUUUGAAUAAAAAUGUAAGAUGCAGAAAUUACAGCACUGGUGCUGGAAAUUCAGACAAACUGCAAAGACUACUUAUGUGGUGAAAGGGAAUUUCCAUAUUGGUGUAACAGGGAGUAUUCUUCAUAAGUUUGAAGUUAAAAGAGUAAAGGGAUUUUUCCCCUUUGUGUAACUGAUACUUGAUCCUGGAAUGCUUGAUACAAACUUAAUGUGCCAAAAAUGGUGAACUGUUCGAACCCAAGACACAUAAGUAUUUUCUUCUCCAUUUUUUUGUGUGAUUAUUUUCUUCCUUUUCCCACCUUAACCUCACUUUGUCACUCAUUGCAUUCAGGAGGCAGCUAGUCCCAAGUAUUAACAAUGCACCUCUUGAUCUGGGCAAAUUGGGAUCAAAUACCUAGGAAAGCUUUUCUAAUCAUGGAAGGAAAUAUAAAACAGAAGAAAAAAAUGCCUGUCCACACUGUGCAAAUAGUACCCAGUUCAAGAAUGGUAUUCUUAAAGCCUGGAAGUAGGUGGCUCUUCAAAGCAGUAAUAUAAAAUAUUGGAAAAAGAGGUUGUUGUAUCGUCAAGUUCAGUACUUUCAUCUUAAAAAGAAAGUUGCUUCAAUGUACACUUGGCAGUAUUCAUACAUAAAUUUGGAACAGCAUGACUGAAAGCAAUGUUCUUGAAAGCAGUGUUCCUGGGCAUAUGUUACUUAAUUUAAGCUGUGAACUUUGGUGAUGUCUUUCACAAAAAAAGAAUUUGAUCUGUACCAGAGCAUGUGGUUUGUGUUUGUGUUGCUUUGCAUUGCUUUGUAGUUGCUCUAUAUAUGACUCUGCAAAAGUAUGUAUUACAGUGUUAUGAUAGUCAUUUUUUUUAAAUGCAGUGAAUUGAGUUGACUAAAUUGUUGUUUUAAUAAAACUGUCAACACAGAAAA